AUGUUUUCAUUUGUGUUUCUGCAGCACAGAGAUACCCCUGAGAACAACCCAGAUACACCCUUUGACUUCACUCCAGAAAAUUACAAGAGAAUAGAAGCAAUAGUUGGCAACUACCCAGAAGGUCACAAAGCUGCAGCUGUAAUUCCAGUGCUGGAUUUGGCACAACGACAAAAUGGAUGGUUGCCUAUCUCUGCUAUGAACAAGGUAGCUGAAGUCCUGCAGAUGCCUGCUAUGCGAGUGUAUGAAGUGGCCACAUUUUAUACUAUGUUUAACAGAAAACCAGUAGGAAAGUACCAUAUUCAGAUUUGUACAACAACACCUUGCAUGCUUAGAGAUUCUGAUUCGAUAUUGGAAGCCAUCAAGAAGAAGCUUGGAAUCCACGUGGGAGAGACCACACCUGAUAAACUGUUCACACUGACUGAAGUUGAGUGUCUAGGAGCCUGUGUAAAUGCACCAAUGGUGCAAAUUAAUGACAACUACUAUGAGGAUCUUUUGCCAAGUGAUAUUGAAAGUAUAAUUGAGGACUUAAAAGCUGGAAAAAUAUCUACUCCUGGACCAAGGAACGGCCGUUUCUCCUGUGAACCUGCUGGGGGACUUACCUCUCUGACUGGACCUCCAACAGGACCAGGUUUUGGUGUGCGUGCAGACCUCUGA